AUGUUGGGCGCGCGGCUCAAGUCAUGGAUGGAAGCGCAGUUGGGGCGAGCGAAGAAGCGUAAGCAGAAACAAUGUCGGCCGCCUUCAGCUUGUGCCACGACGGGGCCGGUCCCCCCUCCGCACCUGUCGUCCCCGGAGAGCGCAUACAGUACAGGGUAUUCAACGGACGGCACUUCCCCGGGCGCGCCGCCCGCUACGCUCGCCGCUCCGCUUGUGGCGCCUCCGCCGCCGCCUACGCCGCCGACCACACAUCUGUAUCAUGAGCCAGCCAAGCGGCGCUCAAACCUUACCGCAAGACGUUGCGUGCCGGAACCAGUGGUCUGCGCCACUCCGUCUCCCAGGCCACGGUGUCGCAUCCGGACCAAUCCCUGGUUAGGAGGGACGUCUCCGAGUAGACGGCGUCCGACGCACCUGGUGCACCAGCAGUCGCUGCAGAUACCUGCACAACACCCGCAGCCAACUCUUCACCAUGCUCCGUUCUCGUUGGACUCCCACCCUGCUAGAUAUGGUUCUAGGUCACCACAUAAGUCUCCCCACCUCUCACCUCACUUAUCCCCUCACCUAUCCCCCGAACCCCAUCGAUCGCCGUACUACAGAGGUGGUGCUUCAAGCGACGAAGAAUGCCGAGGGUUGCGGCCGCGAGGGAGGGAGACAGCAAUACUGUCCGACGCAGACAUAGACUCGGAUGGUGACACGGGGCUGGAUGGAGGGGAUGAGGAUGAUGAUGACACGGCGUCUCCGGGCAGAAGACGGGCGAGGAGGAGGCGACCGCCGCGGAGACCACCUCGCUCUGCUGGAGCAACGCCACCAAGAGUAAGGCGACGUAAUCACGCGCCUUCUGCCCCUCCAGUGCGGGAAAGGGAUCCUCUUCUUGAGGCUGACAGGGAAGCCGAGAGGAAGUAUCGGGAGCUGAUCCGGGAGGCGGAGAAACUGCUGGUGACGGUGUCCAGGGCGCCGCUGGAGCCGCCCCACAACCCGAGGGUUCGGGAACUUAGGGCCACUGAGGCCGAAGCGCCCCGCCGUAGCCCCGAGCGCACGCACCUGACGAAUUUCAUGCGAGCCAACUCCCCCGAGCCCCCCCGCCGCCCCUCCCCGCUCGCGCGGCGCUCCCCCCUCGCCGUCCCCGCGCCCCGCCCCCCGCCCAGGCAGCUACAUGCGUACGAUUGUGCAGACAGACCACAUUCUGAACCCCCCAAAAGAAAAGCUUAUGCUCGAGAUGAAGUAUUGCAGACACUAGAAGGCCUGCGCAAGAGUCUUCAACAGCAGUCGGCGCUGCUGGCUGUUCAGCGCACGCGGCUAGACUCACUAUAG